GAUUCAUGACACUAGUCCCUCCCUUUAAAAUCCAUAAGUGGAGAAUUCACACUGGAGCCAACGGUAGAAAAUGGAUAAGAAGCACUGGUAGAGCCCUGCAAUGGCAUUAAUUUUAGCCCUUACCCAUGCCCACGACGUUCAGGCGCUACCAAGGCCCGGUUGCUUCAGCCAAAUUUAAGGCCCGGCCCUGCCCCAAAUUGGAAAUGACUUCCUCAGUAUAUCUGUAAGCUACGCUGUCACUCAAUUCCUGCAUGCGCUCUGCUCUUGGCAGCUCUGAGUAAUCAUAGUAACGGCUCUGCUUGGGCUCCUCAAUGAAGAGACAUGAGAGCUGUUAGCUACUUUUCGUCACUCUAAACUCCCAACUCAAGGAACAUCAUUUUCUGUGAAGCAAUGUCUUAUAUUUGAGGUUGAAGCACUUCUGUCACCGUGUUAUGAUCUUAGUCAGAUAUGGCUGUACAUCACAGCGGAGCACAAGCAAAUGGCACAGCUUCAAAAUGUGAUACCCGAGCCCUGACCGUAACCUAGUUAUUGAUGGAAGAAACGGGCCCUAACCCAAAAUGUCAGGGCCCGUCGGGUCGCAGAGCUCUAAGCGCUGAAGCACAAGCAUUUAGCUACACUCGCAUUAACAUCUGCUAACCAUGUGUAUGUGACAAGUAAAAAUUGAAUGAGCGUUAGUGCAGCUGGUUCUGAGAUUUCUCAACCAAUUGAAGGUGUAAUGUUCCAGUGCACCUUUGUGAGAAGGGGGCUAUGAAGGACUUCUGUUGGUUAGCUCAAAUUUUUAUUCAGGUAACACUUUUUCACACCCAGUCUUGCACCUGUUAGUCAUAUAGAUCAGACCUAGUUGUAUCUGUAUAGAAUCUGGUAAGGUAAUGUCUCGGAAGCAGUGGAAUCUAGUCUUCUAAUACAACCCAAAAAGAUACUGUAAGACCACAUUUGUUUUGUAGAAUAUUUCAAUAUCUCACUGGAGUCCUUUGAUCUGUCUGCAACACAGUGGGCAUUUUAGACAAGCGUCUAGACUGUAGCUAUGGGAUAGCGCUGUACUUGGCCCAAGCACAUGCAUCAGUGUGUUUGUUGUACUUCAGCCUGUCGUGCUAGCAUCCUUGCCAACACCCUGCAAUGAUCCAGGCUGCUCCUUAUCCCGGUUCUGACAACAGGAUCUAGAACAAAAACAAUGGAGACUUGUCUGAAAAUGUUUUAAAUUGCAACUUCCAUCUGAUAUGCUACCAACAGUGAUUUUAUUAUGAGGUUCACAGACGAUGGAUGGUUGGAUCCUCUUUAGGAUCUUUGAAUAUCAAGUAGAACAUGUUAAUAGAUUUGUUGUCAUGUCCGGCAUUCAAAACAAACUACUCGAUCAUCACGAGUGCGAUUUGAAUUUAACCAAUUUAGCCAAUGGUUUAAAGCCCAUCUGAAGAGACCAAAACCAGAUUCUUUCCAAUCAAGAUUCAUCUUGAUUAAUUUGCAAUUAAUUGAAGACAACACAGCUUUGAAGCUUUUGCUGAAUGUAUUAGAUUAAACCAAACCAGUUCUUCUACACAGAAAAGACUAAUGUAUUGUCUGCAUAUGUCAGCUGUAAUUUGGCCCUCAUAACCUCAACCGCAUACAGUAUUGUUAGAAUUACAAAAAUUCACAAUCACGUUUAGAUUCUGCAAUUCUGAAAUGCUAUGUUUUGGGUAGCAUGAAUAAAUAGCCAGUGUUGUCUACCGCCAGCCUCCUGGGGUGAAAGUUUCCAUUGCGUUCUGGCAGGCAGGCUGUGCCAUCUCUGCAGCCUUUAGCUCCCAUCCAUCUGUUCAUGUAAAAUACACUGACAUUGAUUCAAAGCACACACAAAAUAACAGACGUAUUUACGUUAUCAUACCUGGAAUGAAUAUCACUGGUUUGCAUCUUCAGUUUUUUGCUUUCAUUUAGUUUUAAUGUCACGUGUGUGUGUUGCGAGAGAGACACACACUGAUGGGUUUAUAAAUAUGCAUAGGUUUAUGCAAAUUCAUUAUCUUUUAUCUUUCCUAGGAUCUUUUUUCCCCCCUGUUCUCCAUCUUGUAUUUUUAGGCUGAUUCAGACACACCUGAGAAUGUUGGAACUCCUCCAGUUAGGGUGGGGAUUGUGGAGACAUCAGGACAGAGCUAGAAGAAACAGUGUGAGACAGAUUCCAUCAGGAAAGGAGGAGGAAAGAGGAGGAUGUUCUCCUUUUCACUACGGUGUCGACUCGGGAUCAUCAGAGGGAGGACCAAAGAUGACGGGCCCUACUCUAAGGGCAACAAGGACUCUGGAGGGACCGACCAUGCCUCCAGGAGACGCAGUAUUGCAGAAGACUACCGGGGUGUGACCACCGUGGACCUGAUAAAGAGGGAGGGCAGCAGCCUGGGCCUCACCAUCUCCGGGGGGUCCGAUAAGGACGGCAAGCCCAGAGUGUCAAACCUACGGCCAGGUGGGCUAGCUGCCAGGAGUGACCAGCUGAAUGUGGGAGACUACAUCAAGUCUGUGAACGGCAUCAACCUGUCCAAGCUCCGCCACGAUGAGAUCAUCAGCCUGCUGAAGAACAUAGGGGAACGUGUGGUGCUGGAAGUGGAGUACGAAUUACCUCCUUUUGUCCGGAAUGCUCCCUCGGGUGUCAUAUCUAAGACCAUAGAGGUGUGCCUAUACAAGGAGGGUAACAGCUUUGGAUUCGUCAUGAGAGGAGGGUUCCAUGAAGACUGGCACAGGUCUCGUCCUCUGGUAGUGACCUACGUACGGCCCGGGGGUCCUGCUGAUAGAGAGGGCACACUGAAGGCUGGUGACCGCGUGCUGAGCGUGGAUGGGAUGCCCUUAAACCGAGAGAAGCACGCUGACGCCCUCACUAUGCUGAUGCAGUGUAGCCAGGAAGCCCUGUUCCUGAUUGAGUAUGACGUCUCCGUCAUGGAGUCUGUGCAGCAGGCCUCUGGCCCCCUGCUGGUGGAGAUAGUGAAGUGUCCUGCAGCCAGCCUGGGUGUCAGCCUGGCUACUGCAGUGUACAGGAACAAGCAGGUCAUCGUCAUUGACAAAAUCAAACAGGCCAGUGUGGUGGAGAGGUGUGGGGCAUUGCAUAUAGGUGAUCUUCUCCUGUGUAUAGAUGGGACCAGUACUGAGCACUGUUCCCUGAUGGAGGCCACGCAGCUGUUGGCCCAAACCUCUGACAUUGUUAAAUUGGAGAUCCUGCCAGCCAAUCAGAGCAGACUUCCCAUGAGACCUCAAGACACAGUGAAAGUGGAGAAGAGCAACCUUCACCAUUGGGACCCCACUGUUAACUACAGCCACACCCAACACUGCAAGACAUGGAGCAGUCCCAGCCACCCACUCAACCAGCAGGACCACUGCACAUCUCUGGUGUGUGGUGGCUUCUCCCCUUCCUCCACAGCCACCUCAGGGUACAGCAGCAGCCAGGGCAGCAGCACCCUACCCUGCCCCAUCCCAUCCACCAGCCCCCGUAGCACCACACAUAAGAGACGCCAGAGGAGGAAGGAGCACAAGAGCUCACUGUCCCUAGCAUCCAGCUCAGUGGGCCCUGGGGGUCAGGUUGUUCAUGUGGAGACCAGCGAGGUCGUCCUGAGGGGGGAUCCACUCACAGGGUUCGGGGUUCAGCUGCAGGGGGGUGUCUUUGCCACAGAGACCCUGACCGUUCCCGCAGUCAUCCGCUUCAUCGAGCCUGACAGCCCUGCCGAAAGAUGUGGGUUGCUGCAGGUGGGGGACAGACUCCUGUCCAUCAACAGAAUCCCUACAGAGGAUGGAACACUGGAGGAGGCCAAUCAGCUACUGCGUGACGCUGCUCUGGCCAAUAAGGUCACUCUGGAGAUUGAGUUUGAUGUAGCAGAAUCAGUGGUUCCCAGUAGUGGCACGUUCCAUGUAAAACUGCCCAAGAGGAGAGGAGUGGAACUUGGCAUCACCAUCAGUGCAAGCAAGAGACCUGACAAACCUCUGAUCAUCUCUGAUAUCAGGAAAGGAAGCAUAGCCCACAGGACGGGUACGUUGGAGCCAGGGGACAGGCUGCUGGCCAUCGAUAAUGUGCGUCUGGAGAACUGCACCAUGGAGGAUGCUAUGCACGUGCUUCAGCAGGCAGAGGACAUGGUCAAGCUCCGGAUCCAGAAGGACGAGGACAACGCUGAUGAGCUUGAGAUGUCUGGUUCCAUUAUCUACACGGUGGAGCUGAAGCGUUACAACGGCCCGUUGGGUAUCACCAUCUCAGGCACAGAAGAGCCCUUUGACCCCAUCGUCAUCUCAGGCCUCACCAAGAAUGGCCUGGCUGAAAGGACUGGUGCCAUCCAUAUAGGGGACCGUGUCUUGGCCAUUAACUGUGUGAGUCUGAAGGGGAAACCACUGAGUGAGGCCAUCCAUCUGCUCCAGAUGGCCGGAGAGACUGUCACCCUCAAGAUAAAAAAACGUCAAGACGAAUCAGAUGUGCAGCAGAUGUCGGAGCAGGCAGGGUUCCUGAGCGACACUGAGGAUGAGCUGACUGACUCUCAGAAGACCAGUAAACAUUCAGGGGUGUACUCUGCCACUGUGCCCAGCAUGGACUCUGCCAUGAGCUCCUGGGAUGGCUCCGGCAUCGAUGCUGACUACGGCAGCCAAGGAACGUAUCUCCACAGAGCUGCAGAUUUGACUUUCCAGCCUAAUGAGUGGAGACGCACCAAACCACCCAGGACCCACCUCAACUCCAUCUCCACUGGCCUUACCGGCCUUACCCACCACUCCCACCUCUACGAUGGGAGAUACACUGAGGAUGACUGGGAUAAGGCUACUGGAUACGCCAGCCCCCCUAGUUGCCAUGGUACCCUGAAACAGGAGGAUAGCUUCUGGUCCCAGGCGCUGCAGGACCUAGAGACCUGCGGCCAAUCAGAGAUACUCAGGGAGCUGGAGGCGUCCAUGACUGGCAGCACUCUCAGCCUGUAUCUGGAGGAAACGAGGUCCCAGGAUGACUCAGUGCUACAGAACAGAAUCAGUCCUGUGAAGAGGGGUCCCAUUCAUGACGAGCCCAAGACCAAAAGCAACCUGCAGAGGUCAAACAGGACCAGGGACACACCACCCAGGGGGAGAGGGGAGCCCCAGGAGACCAACUCCCCUACAACCCUGGAACUACUGAAGGUGACCCUGAGGAAGGACCCAGACUGUGGAGACUUCGGCUUCAGUGUGUCAGAUGGCCUCCUGGAGAAGGGUGCCUACGUCAACAUGAUCCGACCAGAUGGUCCUGCCGACCAGGCCGGGUUGAAACCCUACGACCGCAUUCUGCAGGUGAAUCGAGCAAGGACCAGAGACUUUGACUGCUGCCUGACCGUCCCCCUCAUCACUGAAGCAGGAGACAGCUUGGACCUGGUAAUCAGCAGGAACCCCCUGGCACAGGCAGAUAAUGGGCCACCUCAGGACUGCGAGGACCCGUCUGAUUCACUGUUGGACUUCCCAUAUUACAGGACCAACAGUAUCGCCCUGUGACGAAGGUCCAGGUGGGAGAUUAUGGAUUAAUAGGCACUGCACAUUACACACACUGAUUUUGUUUCAUAUCUUUUGUACAGACGCACACACAGAACCACAUUCACACGUGAGCAUACAUGUGUACGUGAAUAUUCACACAGACACACUGUCAUUCACACUGCGUGACCAGUGUUAGCCAGUCUAAUCAUGUGAUCUAGAGCAGAGGAGACUCUGUCAGGCUCCUAGGGCCGUUGUGGAAAAAACAUGUCGUUACGUAACAGCUUCUGGAUGACAACGCUAGCGUUGCUCAGUUCUGCAGAAAUCUUAGAGAAACACAAACACGCACUUCCAUCCCAGAGAAGCAGGCGGGUUUGGCACAGCAUUUAUUUUUUAUUUUAUUUAUUGUUUGUGCAAUUGACCCUCUGUGACCUUUUGCUGGGGAUUGGUGCAGUUACAUGUACACACACACUUGACACACGAACGUGGGCACAUGCUGUGCUGGACUAUUAUUUAAGCCAUGGGUUGGCUGGCUGCCUUCUCUUUCCCCUCCUGGCCCACAUUGCCAACCCCAAGGAAAAAACAGCUAACUAGCACCUCCAAAUAGAUAGAAUGCCAAACUGUCACUCACUGUUACUUGCCAAGUAUUGCAAAUAUUUCUAUUUUAGAUCCCCCACUCUAUCCUGAAGUCUAAAAUGUUUGUGUAAAUGGACUUGGUGACUCAGGUCCAGGUUUUAUCCCUGUUAUUAAAUGGCCAUCAUAUGAAGGACAAAUACUUACGAAUGACUGUUUUAUCACAUCACCUACUUUGUCCACAACAAAAGUUACAUUUCAGAAUGUUUAUUUUUCUCAUUACAUUUCUCACACUGGGUUAAAUGCUACUGGAUAGACUGGGCAGGAAUGUGUAAUUCAUACUUUUUGGGGAUCAGUGUUUUUGUUUCGCAAGGUUCUUGUCAACGGUUUUAUGUAAUCAAGUUCACUAUUUAUUUUACCAAACCACACACUUGUUGCUAGCAUGCACUAGAAGUUCACACAAAUCAGAUCCAUGCACUGGUAGUUCACCCAAAUCAGAUCCAUGCACUGGUAGUUCACCCAAAUCAGAUCCAUGCACUGGUAGUUCACCCAAAUCAGAUCCAUGCACUGGUAGUUCACCCAAAUCAGAUCCAGGCACUGGUAGUUCACCCAAAUCAGAUCCAGGCACUGGUAGUUCACCCAAAUCAGAUCCAGGCACUAGAUUGACUUGUUUUGUCACUCAUGAUUAGAUUGUAUUAUACCACGAUUGGUGAUAGUCACAUUAUUUUGAAAAGCUUUGUCACCCACUAAAGGAGUGUUCCUUAUCAUAAACACUACUUGAUUCUGUUGUUCAGAUCACAUAUCUUUAGAUUUCACCCUCAAUAUCAGCAUCUCCCAUGUGAGGCCAGGAGUUUUUCCUGACUCGGAAAACCUAGCUCUAGUCCUUAUGUAUACACGUUUCAGAAGGCAUUAUACCAGUGUAUUGACUCUCAGGAGUCCAGGGUGUGGUUUCCCCACAAACAGACUCUUAAGUGAAUCACGUCCCCUGCCAAAUGUGGAAUAAAAUACAUUUCAAUUGAGAUGAGUGAUUUCCUUUAAAACCAUUUUCAUGUAUCUGUUGAGUUGAGGCCCCAACUCUCAAUAAGGUGUGGCCUUGGAUUAGAGUAUUUUUCUGAACCUCCAUGGCUGUUUCUACCAUCCAUGUUAGUAAGCAUGUAGCUAUAGGAUUUAAUGCCCCACCCAGUAGAAAGCUCACAUUGUUCACAAGGGGGAAUUUUGGAACAUUUCUGCGCUGAACAAUUGCCAUCUCUUUCCUGCUCCGUCAGACCGAAUGUUCCCCAGAGAUGUUUCUGUUUUAUCAUGGCAUUGUAUGGUUUUAUAAAGCUCUUACAUAAUGUGUCUGGCCCUGGCCUGCUUACCAAGCUGCCUCAGUGGAAAUAAGAUGAUUUGUUAAAUUUAAUGUAAUGGCUGGUGUAGAGAUGUAGUGAGAAUGCAGUCAUGCUGUCCCGUUCAGGGCUCAACUAUCUGCUUUUUAAUCCUCAGGAAGGAAACCAUGUUUUUAGAUUAUUUCAUCACACAUGAAAAAUGUCCCAUUUGAUACAGAGGACAUUUUGUUUUUAUACAUUUUAUUUGAGGUGCUUCUGAAUAUUAUUCAGUACAUGGUCUCCCUAUGUAUAAUGUUUUUAUUUGUAAUGACAUCCUGCGUGUGGUUUCUGUAUGUAAGAUGUGACUGACUGCACUAUCUGUUCUCUGUAUAGUUCUUCUGUUUACAUGGUUCCCCAGCUGCAUCCAAUCAUUGCUAUUUAAGUAGGGGGGGGGGAUCUGAGCCAAUUUGAAGGAAUUUGGUUUGUGAGAUGUACAUGAAAUGGAUGUAAUUUUAUUCUUUAAUGAGAUGUAUUUCCUGCUUUUUAUGAAAAUAAAGAUAUGACUAAUGGUGUCUUUUUUUU